CUUUUUAACAACACCGUUCUUCAUGCGAGAGUGUCAGACAGGCAGUGCAAUAAUUUGUUACAGCCAGCGUACACACAGCUAAGAUGCGCACUUGCGUAGCAGCUGAUGGAAAACCCGGAACCAGCCUCCCUUGAAUUUGCAGCUGUAGUUAGAGAGCUGAGUCGGGACCAAGGAACUCCAUGCUCCGUGCAUUCCUCUUCUCACCAGCCUAGCAACAUGAACACCAAAUGAAAGGCAACGUGGGGACUGGGGAGAGAGAGGGAGCACCGGGCUGAGAGUGAUUUGGACACAAUGAUGGUUACUAUGGUGUAUGAUGACUCAGAAGCUGUGGAAUUGAGUGCACUUUACCAUCUCUAUCUGAAACCAAAGGCAAAGUUAAUAAUCACAGUGAUGCUUCCAGAAGGAAUAGACCCAUGCAGACCAAUAUCAAACUGGGAGAUUUUGGAACAAAUAAAGAGUUUUGUGGCCCCUGACUAUUUUAGUUCUAUUAAGGUUUCAAGAAGCACAAAAGAAUUCAUUCGAAUAGAAGCUGAAGCUGAUACUAAAAGUUUGGCACAGAUUUUCUUGGAAAAACUUAAUGGACAAACCAUACAGAUAAACAGCUUUAGCGAACAUUCACUUAUUGAGGUCACUGAAGCACCUAUUGAUUCCCCAUCAAUAUCAGAAUUGCCAUCCUUAUUACCAGAAACUGAGAAUGAUCCAGAUCCCAUUGCCAUGACUGAUUCAGCUUCACCCUGCAUUCAUUUGGAAGGGUUACCAUGCAAAUGGUUUGUAUUUUCUGGUUCACCUAUUGAAAAGCCAAGUGAAGAUAUUCUUAGAAGUGUAUUUGAAAAGUUUGGGAAACUAUUAAAUUUAGAUAUACCUAUGCUAGAUCCAUACAGAGAGGAUAGUAUUGCAAACUCUAAUCCUUUGAACUCAGGAAGCCUAAAUACCUUUGAUGCUUUUCUACAAUAUGAAGAUAACACAAACCUCAUAACUGCUGUGCAGUCACUUCAAGGAAUGAAGCUUAUGUUUACAGGAGAUGAUGGAAAAUCAUUGGCGUGUGACAUGAAGGUAACUCUGGAUACAACUAGACACUUCAGUGAAGAGGCAGUGAGUAAGAGGAAUAGUGAAAGAUGUAAACUACAAGAGUUGGAACAGCAGAGGAAGCAGGAAAAGAAGAAAGAGGAAGCCGAGAGGAAAAGAAAGAUCCAAGAAAGAAAAUUGCGAAUAAAGAAAAGAAGAGCAAAGCUGAAAAAGAAGGCUCAGAAGCAAAAGGUUUGUGAAGAAAACAUUGUAAAUGAGCCAGAACCAUGCCCUGAAGAUGGAGUGGAAGAUUCACCUGAAUGGGAGGAAAGAAAAUUGCUGCUAGCCCAUAGGAGAGUUGAAGCUAUCAAGCUUCUUACUCUACUCUUUGACAAAGUCAAUGAUGAGAUACAAAAGAACAGGUUGAAUGAAGAGCAAACUGAUGAUCUGUUCUUGGAAGACUGUAGUGGAUACUCAAUAUCUACUCUGUCAGAAAAUGAGAAACAAAUCUUUCAAAUGGCAUCAGAUGAAGAAGAAAGCAAUCCGUCUGAGAUUAUUGAUGAGCUGAAGGAUAAGCCUUAUGAUCCAGAGGAAGAGAUCUAUUUUGACGAGACACCUAAGCAUAAAAGAAAAACAAAACAAAAAUCACAGGCUAUAAAAAGUGACUGUAACCCUGAGUAUGAUUGUGCUACUGUCCAAAUGGAAAUGAAGGAUGAUUCAGAGUUUGUGGAAAAACAGGAUUUUAGCCAUAAUAUUUUAAAAAUGUCACAUUCCCAGGACUUUUUGGAUGAACACUGCUGUAAAAGACUUAAGGUUUAUGAAACAGAUGAAUUUAUUCAUUAUAUAUUAAAUUACUAUCACUGCCCAGAGUAUGCAAGAAUAUUUCUACACACAGAAGAUGAUGAAAGCAAUUCUUGGUGUCAAAGGGUGGUUCAUUGCAGUGGGAAUGGCUUUCAAGUGAGAUUAAAGAACAUGAAUUAUUAUACUGAGAUGAAAUUUCAUCCAGAGUUGUGUCCAGAAACCGAUCAUGGCAGUAGUAGAUGGAAAGUAACAAUUCAGCAACCACAAGAACGGUGUUCAAGAAAAAACCUCAAAACCAAUCAGAAACAUAUGGUAAAAGAACAUCAAAAGGUCUCUGUGUCCAGAACUAAAUCUAAAUUCUACAAAGACCAUGAAUAUCCUCAUGGAUCAGUGGUUGGAGUUUUCUCACAAAACUCUGAAUCGGAUAAUGAGUUGAAAGAUGUACUAGAGGAAAUCAGCAGCACAUCUGAGUAUUUCAGUGAAGAGCUAAGUGAAGCAACAAGAAAACAGAGUCAUGCUAGGAAAAUCUCCAGGAAAAAGACAAAAACUUUACGAAAAUCAAAGCCAUACAGACCCUCCAACAAAACUAGAAUUUGCCACCAUGAAGAUAUUUUGGGCCACUUUUUACAUUCUUGUUCUGCAUGUAAGAAUUUAAAAAAGCAUUCAAAAUAUAAUUAUUCACGAAGAUGCCAUAAAAGCAGCGUUAAGCUCCGUUGUGAAACUGGGACCAGCGAGACAGGGAACAGUGAGACAGAGACCAGUGAGAUCUCAGCCAGUGAAACUGGAAGUACUUUGUCAGGGAACAGUGAAUCUGACGUAAGUGAAGAAGAAAGAAAAUCAAUGAACAGAAAGAAACUGAAGAAAACUAUUCCCACAAGGUGCCUAAAACUUGGCAAAAAGUCUUCCAAAGCAAAGCACAUCCGCUCUAUGCCAUUUUUGAGUGAGACCAGCUCAAGUGAUUCACAUAUACACAGGGGGAGAAAGAGUCAGAAUGGGAAGUCUAAAGCAGAACAUAUGACUAUGUGUACAAAAGCGCUCAGGAAAUCCAAAAGAGAACCAGAAGAGUCUGAAAGUUCCUUUUCAGAAGAUGAAUCUGAGAGUUUUGAUCAUAAUGGGCAAUUGUGGGAAUAUAAAAAGCCUCAGAAGUGGAGCAAUGCUAACUUUGGCCGACCAUCUGAUGUUAGUGUUAGGAAAACAGAACAACUUGACAUUUGUCAUAAUAAAUCUUUAAAUGAUUAUUUGGACUGGGAAAAACAUUUUUACAGUGGAAAAGGAUGUCUUAAAAAUGUAAAAUAUAAAAGUUGAAAUAUGGGGUUUAUAAAUGUGAAGGUAAUUUAUUUUGUAAGCACUUUUCUUACAAUAUUGUUGUGCAGUGUUUAUAUAGUGUAUAUUGGAGAAACUGGUAACAAAAAAUAGGAUUUGGAAAAAUAUAAUUUGAUGUUAGCUGCAUUGUUUACAGUAAAAUUUCUUAGCUUUUUGUAGAAUGGAGAACCAGUUUUUAUCUGUAUUGCAGGUACAAAUUCUUUCACCUCUUUUUAGUUACAUAGAAGUGUUUUGCCCAGAACCUUUUGGAAUUAUUUAGAAGUAUGUGAUGUAAAAGAUUUACUAAGCAGAAUUUGGCAAACUGUACUCAAGUCCCUCUAUAACUACCAGUUUAAUAAGAAAUAUAUGUACUGAAUUGAGAAAAUUGCCAGCCUACUUUGGGAAAAAAAGUAGAUGGAAAUAUAUCUUCAAAACAGGACAUUUUUUUAACAUAUUUAGUUCUAGUUUCUCCUUUGUAUAGUGUGUAUACAUUGCUAAACUAUUAUAAUGUUUACAGUGGGAGCUUUCCCUUUUAAGUGCCUUUGUAUAAUUUAAGAUUAUAAAACGUUACUUACACAGUAGAGGGUACAUUCUCUAGUUCAAAAGAAGAUGAUGAAUUAUUUAAUGAAAGUUGCUUUGUGUCUGUCCUAGUAUUGUUAAUGUUUUUUAAUGUUUCUGUAGUCUAUUAAAAUAGGAGAAAAACAUUUUCAAUGGAAACCACCAAUUUUGUGUGAUGCAUUAAAGUCAUUUACCAAAAAAGUGGCAUCAUUAAUUUAAGUAAAUAAUAAUAAAAAUAAUAAAUACAAAUUCUAAUAAA